AUGGAGCAAAGGAUCGGGCAGGAAGGCGAGGCGGAAGUAGUUGAGAACAAGAGCAUCGCGAACGCGCCACGCCACGCCGCGCCGCGCGAGCCCAAACAAAAGAGGAACGCCCGCCGUGUGCCGGGCCAGCGCAGGUGCGCCGGGAGAAUAAAUCGUGGUGGAUGUGAAAGCGGAAUUUUACACCGAUGUAAUUCAAGAACGUUGCGGCGCCAGGGCUUUUCGGCGGGGGGUCUUGCGUGUUCAUGUCGACGGGGCGCACAAGUGUCAGCGCGCGAGGAAAGUGAUUCGGAGCCGAGAUCCGCCGCCCGCGGCGCGGCCGCUGCGCGUAGCGUGAGCAGCGAGGGAGGCGCGGGCCGGGUUCCCACUUACUCGAGCGGCGACGGAGGAAGGCCGGGUUUUGUCUGCGGAAUGGAGCGCCUUUCUGCGCCGGAAAUUGCGUAG